UGUCUGUCAACGCUGUCGAGAUAUAUCACGGAUUCAGAAGCCCUAUGCCACUGUUCCUGGUCAAACGUAUCUCUGUGCACGUCCUUCGAGCCCUUUGCUACUUGCACGAAGAAUGCCACCUCAUUCAUACUGGUAUCAAAGGGGAUAACAUCCUCAUGAGUGGCGCUCCCUCCGGAAUAGAGGAGACAAGCAUUCAAGUCACUAUACCUGAGCUGGCGUCUGCGACAUUCAAGCUCGCUGAUUUCGGGGAAGGUAAUAGCGUCUCCGAUCACUUUGCGAAGCUCAUUCAGCCCGAGGCUCUGCGUUCUCCAGAGGUGAUCAUUAAAGCGCCCUGGGAUACGAAGACCGACAUAUGGAAUUUCGGUGCCUUGGUGUACCAAUUUGCUCGAGGAGCUCAACUGUUUGACCCUCACUGGGAUACUCAGAGAACCGGCAUGAGCAGAUCUCAAACUCAUAUUGCCCAAAUUGUAGGCCUCCUGGGACAGUUUCCACGCGAGCUGUUGGACAAAGGAGAGAACUCCAACCGUUAUUUCGAUCGCGACGGCCGCCUGUUACGUGGCGGGGACCUCUACGGCAUAACAAUUCAGGACCUGCUUCGCAGAGCCAAUCACCCACCUGAAGAACUUCCCCUCCUGGCCGACUUUUUGUUGCGAGCAUUAACCAUUGACCCGGAAGAGCGGUGGUCAGCAAGUCAAUUGCUCAAGCAUUCGUGGCUCGAGGAUGUUGCCUAAG